CUGAUUCUUCAGCGUUGCCAGACAAAUUACUAGCUCAGCGACUGCAAAUUCCAAUAAAAUUGUUUAAUACUAAAAAUCAAAAUUAAUAUUAAAUUAAAAUGCCGGGGGACGCGGAAAACACCAGUACCGACACCGCCAAUGACCACAUCGACCUCUGCAUAUACAGGAAACUGGUCAAACAGUUUAUAGACAUGCGUCGCUAUUCCACGGCGCUUUUCUGGGCAGAGAAGGUGGCGGUGCUGAGUGGCCAGGAGCCCAGGGAUAUCUAUUACCAGGCGCAGUCCAUGUUCCUGCUGGGCGAGUUCCACCGAGCUGCCUACACCAUUCAGCACAACAAGCUGGAAAAGAGCUCCCUGCCGUGCUUUAAUCUGCUGCUCGAGAGCCUUUACGCGGCAAAGGAGUUCGCGGAGGCGGCCAACGUCAUUCAGAACGUGGAGGUGGAGAUGAUGGCCACUUCUCUGAUUAACCAGCCGGUGGACGUAGGCAGUGGCUGCUACCUGGAGAGCAACAGUGUCUUUGGCGGCGAGGAGAACCAUCGGAACGAGCUGCUAGCCUCAAUUUACCUGAUGAAGGGCAAGGUGUACGAGGCCCUUGACAACCGCGGCACGGCCAUGGACUUUUAUGUACAGGCCCUGCACAAAUCCAUCUAUUGUUUCGAGGCUCUGGAGGCGCUGGUGCAGCACGAGAUGCUGAUGGCUUGGGAAGAAUUUGAGCUGAUGCACCAUCUGCCGCUCGCCCAGCAAUCCAGCGAAACGGACGCCAAGUUCAUCCUGAAGCUCUACGAAUCUCGUUUAAAGAAGUACUACGAGCUAAUAUCCGCUCGCAACGCCGAGGAGAUCUCACCCAUCGUCAAUCCUGAUGUGCUGAAGUUCAUCAAGGAGUUUACGGCGCGGGUGCAGCAGACAUGCUCCUCGGAGUCCCAAAUGCCCAAGGUGAGCGCCCUUAAGGUGCCGCUUACUCCCAGCCAGUUUAUGUCGCCCGCCCAGAAAGUCCUUGAGGAUCUUAAGGCUCCCACGUUCUCGCUGCAAACAAGCCUGUCGCGUGCUUCCUCCCUCAUUGAUGCCUCUCAUCGAUCCAUGUUCGAUUCCUCGAGUCGCAGACGAUCACGGGAUCACGAUGCAGAUACCCUGAUUCCCCUCGCAGAUUGCCUAAAUCGAGUGCAACGCAGCACAGAUCUCAUGGCUGCGGAGGCGGAAAAGUGUUUCUACGACUGCGACUACAAGCUGUGCCUGAAAAUACUAAAUGAGCUACUCAAGGUGGAUCCAUUCCAUAACAACGCACUGACAAUUCAAAUUGCCUGCUUGGUGGAGAACGGUGACUUCAAUCGUCUCUUUUAUGUGGCCCACAAGCUAGUGGAUCGAUAUCCCGACAAGGCCAUCUCCUGGUAUGCCGUUGGCUGCUAUUAUGACAUGAUUGGGAAAAGUGAUCCUGCCCGGCGCUAUCUAUCCAAGGCCACUGCUUUGGAUCGAUUGUACGGCCCCGCUUGGCUGGCCUACGGUCAUAGCUUUGCCAAUGAAAACGAACACGAACAGGCGAUGGCGGCGUACUUUAAGGCCACCCAGCUGAUGCGUGGUUGCCAUCUGCCUUUGCUCUACAUCGGAGUAGAGUGCGGGCUGACCAAGAAUCUGGAGCUUGCGGAGAAGUUCUUCCUGCAGGCGAUGAAUAUUGCUCCCCUGGACGUAUAUGUGCUGCAUGAGCUCGGUGUGAUCAAGUAUGAGUACGAGUUCUUUGACGGCGCAGCUACUAUCUUCCAGUGCACUGUUGACAUUGUGAAGCAGCGAGCCAAAACCAAUAAUGAAGAGAUUUCGGCCCGCUGGGAGCCGCUCUUUAUCAACCUGGGUCACUCGCUGCGGAAAGUGCACAAGUAUGAGGAGGCCCUGUAUAACUUUCAAAAUGCUCUCCUUCUAAAGCCACAGAAUGCCACGACCUACACCUCCAUUGGAUUCAUUCAUGCCCUGCUGGGCAACUUGGACAGCGCCAUUGAGUCGUUCCAUAAAAGCUUGGCCCUAAACAGAGACUGCAUUGUGACCUCAACGAUCCUAAAGAGCUGCAUAGAGGACCUUAUGGAUGAUUCCACUACCAUUGAUGAGAUCUGCAGUGCCGCAUUGCGGGAUGUGGCCAAGAAUAUUUCGGCAAACAGUCGUCGUGUACUCAACUCGGACAAACUGAAGCUGAAGCUCAAGUUCGAAGAGGAGGAGGAGCACGCUGCCUCAGAUUCCAAUAUGGUGGUGGAAAUGAGCUUCGAUACCUAGGAAUAUAACUAACAUAGUUCUACUAUCAUCAAUGCUAUCUUCGUUCGUUAGCCGGGCAAACAUGUGCCAUGUGCACUUGAACCUAAUUCGUGGCCAGAGCAAACACAGAUGUGUUCGUUUCUGUUCUGGCUAAUGAGCGAAGUCUUUGGGAUUUUUUUCUCGGCUCUCUGUUUUCCCCAAGCAUCCAUUGAAGUCGCCGCCGCCAUGUGAAUAAUAUUUAGUAUUUAAGAAUGCGCAAAAGUCUCAUUUCAAUCAUAUUUUGUGAGGGUCCUAGCCAAGCUCUCUCUAUCACUCUGUUAGUUUGUAAUAAUUGUGUCAUUAGCUGUAAUUGAAGUUUGUGCAAGGAAUUGAAGUUGUUUCUGAAAAGAUAAACGUGGAACAUAAA